AUGACUCCAUUUGAAAUGACCAAUCACACACGUGUCACAGAAUUCAUCUUCCUGGGAUUUUCCAACCACCCCAACCUACAGGGUGUCUUCUUCCUGGCCUUCCUGGCCAUUUACCUGACAACUCUCCUGGGGAACACACUCAUGAUAGUGGCCACCAGGGUCAGCCCUGCACUCCACACUCCAAUGUACUAUUUCCUCAGCAACUUGAGCUUCCUGGACAUCUGCUACACAUCUACCUCCAUUCCAGUCAUGCUAGUGAACUUCUUCAGGGAGAAGAAGACCAUCUCCUUUGAGGGCUGCCUCUCUCAGAUCUUCUUCUUUGUGUCAUGUGCUGGAACUGAAUGUGUCUUGUUGGCUGCCAUGGCAUAUGACCGCUAUGUGGCCGUUUGUCACCCUCUUCGGUAUCCAGUUCUCAUGAGCACAAGGGUCUGUAUCAGCUUGGUGACUGGAUCCUGGCUCUGUGGCUUGGUGAAUUCUGUGACUCACACAGUAUUGACAAGCACACUUACUCUGUGUGGCCCCAACCAAAUCAGCCACUUCCUCUGUGAUGUCCCAUUGCUCCUGAAGCUCUCCUGCUCAGACACCUCUGUCAAUGAAUCUGUCCUCCAUGUGUCCAGUGCCACUGUUGGCCUGAGUCCCUGCCUGUUCACUGCAGGCUCCUAUAUACUGAUCAUCUCUGCCAUCCUGAGGAUUCCCUCUACUCAGGGCAAGAGAAAGGCCUUCUCCACCUGUGCCUCACACCUCACUGUGGUGGUGGUUUUCUUUGGAACAGCCAACUUCAACUAUGUCAGACCCAAGGAAGGCUACUCCCUGGACAUGGGCAUAUUAGUGUCUGUGCUCUACUGUGUUGUGACCCCCCUGUUUAAUCCCAUCAUCUACAGCCUGAGGAACAAGGAGGUCAAAGGUGCGCUGAGAAAACUGACUGGAGUGCCUUCCUUAACAAUAGCAGUGGCUAGAGAGUAA